CUACCUAGAAGAUGGACCCCAAGAGACUGCCACCGGGAACCCAUCAAGAAGAGUUUAGGAGGAGGAGGACACGGAGAGAAUGGAGACCACUGGAGGACCGCAGUUGCACGGAUCUGCCGUGGUUCCUUCUCUUCACGGUGUUCUGCGUGGGCAUGGGCUGUAUCUGCAGCUACACUAUCGUCACGGGGGGCGCGGCACGCUUGGUCUUCGGCUACGACAGCUACGGCAACACGUGCGGACAGCGCAACGAGCCCAUCGAGGGGGUCCGACUGAGCGGACUUGACCACCGAGACCGGCAAUAUGUCUUCUUCCUGGACCCCUGUAACAUCGACAUCGUCCAGAGGAAGAUCAAAUCCUUGGCGUUGUGCGUGUCGCUCUGCCCCGGCGAGGAGAUGAAGACCUACGAGGACCUCAAGACCUUCGCCAUGCUCAACGGAUCGGAGCUGUGUUCCUACGAGCUGGCGGGGCAUAAGUACCCCGGCCUCCCAGAGAGGUUCGACAAAUGCCCCAAGCUUCCCGUCCCCCCCAGCAAAGCGCUGCCGGUGUUCAACCGCUGCACGCCCGUCGACGUCUCCUGCUACGCUAAGUUCGCGGAGGCGGUGGUGACGUUCGUCAGCGACAACAGCGUGCUGCACCGCCUGAUCGCCGGCGUGAUGGCCAGCAAGGAGAUCAUCAUCGGCCUCUGUUUGCUGGCUCUAGGUCUCUCCAUGAUCCUGAUGGUGAUCAUCCGCUACAUCUCGGCCGUGCUGGUCUGGAUCCUCACCGCCAUGGUCGUCCUGGGCUCCCUCGCCGGAACGAGCGUGCUGUGGUGGCUGUACAUCGACCACCGGUUGUUCUCCAACACCACGGCGCCCCGGGUUGCCAAGGAAACCAGCGAGGAGGCGGAGCUGGACCUGGACAAGAGGCAGGCCCUUCUGGUCUACGCUGCCUCCGCCACUGUCUUCACGGUGAUCCUGUUGUUGCUGAUGCUGUUCAUGAGGAAGCGUGUCGCGCUGACCAUCGCCCUGUUCCACGUGGCGGGCAAGGUGUUCAUCCACCUGCCGCUGCUCACGCUGCAGCCCUUCUGCACCUUCCUGGCCCUGCUGGUCUUCUGGAUCUACUGGGUCCUCGUGCUGCUGUUCCUCGGGACCACCGGGAACCCUCAGCAGAGCGAGGAGACGGGCCUCACAGAGUUCCGUCUGACGGGCACGCUGCAGUACCUGACCUGGUACCACGCCGUGGGCCUGGUGUGGAUCAGCGAGUUCAUCCUGGCCUGCCAGCAGAUGACGGUGGCCGGGGCGGUGGUCACCUACUACUUCACCAGGGAUAAGAACCGCCUCCCGCUGACUCCCAUCCUGUCGUCUGUGCUGCGAUUGCUCCGUUACCACCUCGGGACCGUUGCCAAGGGCUCCUUCAUCAUCACACUGGUCAAGGUCCCGCGCCUCGUCCUCAUGUACCUCCACAACCAGCUCAAAGGAAAGGAGAAUGCGUGUGCCCGCUGUCUGCUGAAGACCUGCAUCUGCUGCUUGUGGUGUUUGGAGAAGUGCCUCAACUAUCUCAAUCAGAACGCCUACGCAGCGACCGCCAUCAACAGCACCAGCUUCUGCACCUCAGCCCGCGAUGCCUUCGUCAUCCUGGUGGAGAACGCUCUGAGGGUGGCGGCCAUCAACGCCGUGGGCGACUUCGUCCUGUUCCUGGGGAAGGUGCUGAUCGUGACGUCCACGGCGUUCGCCGGCGUGCUGCUCCUCAACUACCAGAGGGACUUUGCGGAGUGGCUCCUGCCGCUGUUCAUCGUGUGUCUCUUCUCCUUCCUGGUGGCCCACUGCUUCCUCUCCAUCUUCGAGAUCGUGGUGGACGUCCUGUUCCUGUGCUUCGCCAUCGACACCAAGUACAACGACGGCACGCCGGGGAAGGAGUUCUACAUGGACAAAGCCCUCAUGGAGUUUGUGGAGAGCAGCAGGAGGUUGGAGCGGGUGGUGGAGCGCGGGCGGAGCCGGGUGAAGGAGGCGGUGGUGUCGGAAGGAGCUGAGAUGAAGCCCAUGGCUCCAGGAACAAGUUCAGCUUGACCAAAAUCACAGAAUGGGACUUACAAAAAAAGACAUUCCAAAAUGUUUAUUUUUACCAAUGUGUAACAUGUUUACUAUGGUUUCACUCCAGGGAAUACAAUAUUUUAAUAAGAAACUGUAAAAAAAAUAUAAUAACAAUGUAAUGAAGCACUUUAUAUUGAAGCGCUGCAUAUUUUAAAAAAGGCUGAUGCAUUUUUCGUAGUGAUGUCCUUUUUUAUAUAAGACUAAAAACGAUUGCCAUCUAGUUGGAACACUGUACUAAUAUGUCUUGAGUCACCUUUGUUUAUUGUUUUCUUCUGCAUAGCGAAUAACUAGAACAUUUGGUCGGAGAUGUCGGUUUUUUUUUUAUUUUCACAACCUAAUCGUGAGAGCACAUCUUAGUCUUGUGUUUUCUAAUCAACCGCUGAAAUACAUCAGUAAGUACGUAGGCUUUACUAAGUAACCCAGACUCUGCAUCACACACCAUGCAGCGAUAGAAAUGACUCCCUCUCUCUCCUGUUGUGUGUCGAGUGUUUAUACCAGAAUGAUUGAGGAUGUUCGGGGCGUUUUUGCAGCGUAAUACUUCUCUGUACUGUAUGUAAAAACACAAACUGACUGUACGGACUUUUGAGAUGUUUCUUUCUCCCGCCUCUUUUAAACUUUUCUUGAAUUGUUGGGCUGCCCUGAUCGAAAUAAGACCAACUUCCUCCUUCAGCCCCCUCUAGUGGUCAGCUGCAGGUAUGGCAGAUUUGUAGUGGUUUCAACAGAAUUCGUGAUUUCGUUUUCUAUUGACGUAAACGUAAAGUUCCAGAAGGGUGAGUGGGGCUGGAGUUUUAGCGUGUCAUCGAGUGGAUCAUGUCUAUGGAUCUCUACUUGAACAAAUAUUUUUCUGUCCGGUUCUGGUUACGGUUACAUUUUCACUCUCACUCCUCUUAUCUUUGAAUGACAGACUUUGCAACUCAUUUCAGUGACCAUGGCGACAUGCAAUACCAUGACGUGACUGACGUCAUUCUACUCCAUAGUGGACCUAAAUUUUCAAGGACGGAUAGUGGCACACAUCUACUCUGAUGUUUAUUCUAGACUACGUUAUUUGGUUGAAUCAUUGUUGAAAUGAAUUGAUUGAUAGAGGGUUGAACUGGUGCCAAACAGCUUGUCCCCCAAAUGGUUGAGGUUCUAGAUCUCCGGUAGCCCCUCCCCCCACCACCACCUGCCCGUGCUCCCUAGCUCAGUCCAACCUGUAGAGGUGGACAUGGCCGCUGGAUCUUGACAGCCUGCAAUAAAAGAGCAGGUCCCAUUGCAACGUGAAACGCUCCUCAAACAUGUCUUCCUUGAUUUUUUUUUUUUUUUUUUUAAUUUCAACCUCAUACAAUCCGGGACUUUAUGUCCUGGAACAGCUGUGAAGUUGAUAAGAGAUGGGCGAUUCAACGAGACAAGAUGUUGGAGCCAUGAAUCUCCUCUUCAUCUCAACCUCUGCCGGGAUUCACAGCAAGGUGACCAUCACAGCAGGUGCCGUCUUAAUAUUUGAUCGCAAUACCUUGAUCAUUCAGCAAGAAGCAUCCGGGUGUCAGCAUUAUUUUGAUUCUGCCUAACUCUUUGGUUGGAGGUUUUUAAUGUUGCUCUGACAACCUUAAGAUUUAGUUCAAGAUAAAGAAAAAAAAGAAAAAGGCCUUUAGACUAUAAUGUCCUAUUGUUUUAUGGGGCCACAUGUCCCUCUGUGGCUGUAAUGGGGUCAGGGGUGAACUGUUGGUAGGAGGGGAGCAGAGUUUUACAAAGGCCCCUGUUUUACCACAACAUUGAUGUUGUCGACUUUGCGGACUGUACCAACUGGAAGGCUGAGCUAUCAGUCAUACAUAGUUGCACACUCCCACUUGUGAUGUUGGUGGUGCAGAUUUUAAAAUAAACAGGCGAUUGUCCCCUUAUUUGACCCAGCUAAACAAAAUGCUACCUUUUUCUGGAAAGGGUUUGUGAAUAAGUCAUUUUGUAAAGGAUGGAUACAGUGUGAUGAUCAUGAUUCAAAUGAACACAGGGUGUAAUGUUCUUAAUGAUUAUUUGAAAACGUGUGACGUUCUAGAUGGGGCUUUGGAUUAAUGUGGUUUGUGUAUUAUAGCAGACCGGCUAGACCCGGUGUACCGUGUUGGAUGAAAUUGUAAAUCACUGGGGAUUAAUUAAUGGAUACAGAUGGCCCUGACUGUUUCAAUAUUUCUUUAUUUUCUAAGAAAAAACCCUCUUCCCUCAUAAACAUGAGUAAAAUAAAAUGGGAGUUAUGUGCCAGUAUGGAAAAAUCUUUCUAAAAAUUGAUACAUUUUAAAAUAUGGAUUGCAGGGAAAUAACCCUGCAAAAUAAUGGUUUUCAGUGACAAUAUGAUAUUAGACGUACAUAUAUAAAUACAUUUAUUUUGCCAAAAUGGCUUUUGAAUAAAAUUCCUCGUAUAGUCUGUGUAAUUAUCUUCUGGAAUACAUUACAUUUUACACUAAGACUUAGAUAUGAAAUAAGAGCAUGUUAGAUGGAAACAAUAAAAAAAAAAAACCUUAAUGUUACCGCAAGACUCGAUGCUCAAAGCAUGUUACAAAUUGCACUACUUUGACGGUAUUUAAUUUCAACACUGAAAUAAGUAGGCCUAUUUGUGUUUCUAAUUGCUACUGUUUAGCAGAGUCAGUCAAGUAGUAAAUAGAAACUUCUGUUACGUAAAGAUAGUCUCUGGAUAGUGCGGCCUCUCGUACCUUUCAGAAGACGAGAAUGUAAUCUACGCCUUUACUGAAAUCAGUUAAUCUUAUGUGAAGUCUUACAGAACAGCUUUCUCAGCUUUAUUUUGUUAAACAUUUCGUCGUGUGCCUCACCUGCAGUCUAUUAUAGAGAAUCACUGGACCAGAUAAACCUCUCAUUAUUCAGAAACAAAUUUUUACAUAAAUUCACCCACAGAAUAAGCAUUGACGUAUACCAUCAGUAUGGGUUUCCAGGAUAGUUUCUUAUCACAAUUAGGAAACUUCAAAAAAAAUGUUGGGGAAAAGGUUUUGGGCUUUUCUCUGUUGCCCUUGUGCCCACAGACCGUCAAGCAAGCUUCAGGUCUCUCUGCCAAACAAACACCAAGUGGAAGGACCACCAGAAGGGACUGGUUGUGUGAACUGGUUGUUCAGGGUAGGAACUGCGCAGUUGUCGUUAGUAUUUUGGGAUUCUUGGCUCCUGGUGUGUAAAAGGCAGCUCUCUGAUUGGCUUCAGCCCUAAGACGUUAUUUGUUUAAGCAUCCCCUGAGGACGGAAGCUGGAAGUGGGGCCAAAAUGUAUUGUUGGGGGCGGAGCUUCACUUGGUAGCCCCUCCUCUCCUGAGCACCCCUCCCCCCCCCCCUCCCUCAUUACGAUUUCUGUUGUCACAACU